AUGAAGGCCUUCCUUUCUCUCCUGUCGCUGGCAUCGGCCGCACAGGCUUUGUACUUUUACGUCGAUGCUUCGACGCCAAAAUGCUUCUUCGAAGACCUUCCAAAGGAUACACUGGUCGUGGGACACUACUCUGCUGAGGAGUAUGACGACCGUAUCCACGCCUGGCAGCAGCAUACUGGCCUGAACAUCUACAUUUCUGUUGAUGAAGUAUUUGACAAUGAUCAUCGUGUCGUCUCCCAACGAGGCUCGUCCUCCGGCCGCUUUACCUUCACCGCCCACGAGUCCGGCGACCACAAGAUAUGCUUUACGCCCUCGUCAACGUCCGGUCGAUCAUCGUGGUUGUCCGCUCACGGCCCUAACGGCGGCAUCAAGAUGAAGCUUGACCUUGUGAUUGGCGAGUCGGGUCAGAUUCAAAGCAGCGACAAGGACAAGAUGGAGGAUAUCGCGGGACGCGUAAAGGACCUGAACAAUAGGCUGAUUGACAUUCGUCGUGAGCAAGUGUUCCAAAGAGAACGUGAAGCCGACUUCAGAGACCAGUCUGAAACGACCAACGCCCGUGUUAUCCGGUGGAUCAUCAUCCAGCUUAUCGUCAUUGGCCUUACGUGUGCUUGGCAACUGUCGCAUCUCCGAUCCUUUUUCAUCAAGCAGAAGCUCACUUAG